GUCCUCCAAAAUUAUUGCUUUCGGUUUCACUUUGCUAUCUCGUUCUUUGCUAAAAUGUCUUUCCUUGGACGUAGUGGUCCGUCACCAGCUGGUGGUGUCAACCACGAACGCGUUGAAAUGGCCAUCAACGAAAUUGACAUGGUUUCAGACGUCUUUAACCGCAUCGUUUCUUCAUGUCAUACCAAGUGCAUCAGUCCUCGCUAUGCCGAAGGAGACCUCAACAAGGGCGAGAGUGUCUGCAUUGAUAGAUGUGUGGCGAAGUUCUUCGAAGUUAACAAGAAGGUUGGAGAAAAGAUGCAGAGCGCAGGAGCGAAUGCACAGGCCACGGGAUCAACAAGUUUCUCGCUAUGAGAAUGACCACACUAGGGACAUCCAUGGAUAGUUAUGACAGCUUCAACUUGUUCUACAACGCAAUGCAUUGGUGCAUAAUCAUCCAUCCCAAACACAUUAGACGAUCAUGUAUCGGACGAACCCUACUUGGCCACAUCCGGGAAACAUUCUGCCAUUGUUUUUGAGUGCUUGUUCUGGGCGUGCUCCUCUAGUCUGCAAUGCAUGCAUAUACAUUAUCAGUACAAAACACCAUAUUCUCUUUUCAUAACAGGCAGAUACUCACGCUGGUGAACGUGUGGUUUGCAGCUGAGAUGAAGGAAUUGAUU